AUGAUCUCGCAGACGACGAAGAAGAUGAGAAAAAAGAUAUACAGGGCCGUAUCCAGAGCAGCUAGGUCCACGAAGCGUUUCACAUCUCGCUCGACCCGGCAAAGAAGUAAUGUUACAUCGACUUCAACAACUCCGCAGUUUUCCGCCUCACAGCUGCCCAAUUUGUUUUCGCGCGUAAACCCGCAGCUUUCGUCUCAGAGAUCGUCUUCUAGUUUGUGCUUUGCUUGUGGCAAACCCGGGCGUUGGAGGGCUUUCUGCCCUAAUUUGCGGUUUGAUGUUCCUUCUAAUACCGGUCAGAAGCCCAAAUGACUCAUUUCGGACGUCGAUUUGGAACAAGGCCUUGUUCAUGAGGAUAGCGAUGAAUUAAUUUUUCUUCGUAUCAAUGGAAAUUCUUUCGAGGUUAAAUCCGGCGAUGAUUACUCGUCCGUUAAAGGACGGCUACGUGGAGCCCUCGCUCUCUGGAACGACAUUCACGCCCCUCAAUUUAUCCUGGAUGUUAUUGAUUAUGGCUAUAAAUUACCGCUUCUCCAAAUUCCUCCGCCCUUCACAGCUAAAAAUAACAGUUCGGCUUUGGAGCAGCCAGCUUUUGUCGAAAGUGCCAUUAACAAUCUCUUUAUCAACGGUUGCGUCACUGAAGUGUUUGAAGCUCCUGUUAUCAUCAAUCCUUUGUCCGUAUCUGUUCAAAAAUCAGGCAAAAGGCGUCUAAUUUUAGACCUUCGCCACGUUAAUCAGUUCCUUUAUAAAUGCCGAUUCAGGUGUGAGGAUUUGUCUAUUGCGAAAGAGGUUUUGAAUCCUGGAGAUUUUAUGUUUACUUUUGACUUAAAGUCUGGUUACCAUCACGUGGAAAUAUUCCCGGAGCACAGGAAGUACCUAUCAUUUGCGUGGACUUUUUCCUCAGGACGCACCAGAUUUUUCCAGUUUUCUGUUCUUCCGUUUGGCCUCAGUUCCGCGCCUUAUUUAUUUACUAAACUACUCAAGCCUUUAGUCAAGAAAUGGAGAUCUGAAGCGAAGUCGAUCCUGGUUUAUUUGGACGAUGGUCUCGGAGCUGCUGCGGACAAGAAUAAGGCAAAAAUCGCUAGUCUCCAAGUACAUGCAGAUCUACUUAAAUCUGGCUUUCUUCCUAAUGAAACCAAAUGCGUUUGGGAGCCCACUCAGGUUAUUACUUGGCUCGGAGCCGUUCUCAACACUUCCACUUCUGAAAUUUCUGCCACUGCUAAGCGAAUUACCAGUUUACAAGAAGAUUUAGCGGCCCUUUUGGCCAUUCCCUCGUCUUGUCAUCCAGUUCGGAAGCUUGCCUCUGUUUGCGGAAAAAUAAUAUCUCUUGGCCCCUGUGUUGGUAAUGUCUCUAGGCUUAUGUCUAGAAAUUUAUUCGCAGUCAUCAAUACCGCGCCAACCUGGAACUCUUACGUUCGUCUUUCGUCUGAAGCUCUGGCUGAGCUGUUUUCUGGAAGUCUAAUGCGGCAAGUCUUAACGGCAUACCUAUUUGGUCUGUCAGGCACAAGCCUUCGAAGAUCGUCUAUUCCGAUGCUUCUGGCUCAGCUUGCGGCGGUUUCAUCGAGUUCGAGGGGAAGAUGUUCCAUCAAAACUGGUCAGAUUUUGAGAAAGCUCAAAGUUCUACAUUCAGAGAGUUGUUAGCCGUGUCUUUAUCAGUGAAAGCCUUCGUGAAGUCAUUGAGAGCCCAAACAGUCACGUGGUUUACGGAUAAUCAGAACGUUGUCCGGAUCGUUAAUUCAGGGUCUAAGACUCCAGCAUUACAAGAGCUUGCAAUGGAUAUCCAUCGUAGUUGUUUGCUUAGUGCUAUUAACAUCGAUAUGCAAUGGAUCCCAAGAGACCUAAAUAGUGCGGCGGACGAUAUAAGCAAUUUCAUUGAUUAUGACGACUACACGAUCAACGAUACGGUCUUCAGUGCUCUUGACGACUUAUGGGGUCCACAUACCUGCGACAGGUUCGCUUGUUCCUACAAUGCCAAAGUCCAAUGCUUUAAUUCUAGGUUUUACCAGUCUGGUUCGAGUGGCGUUAAUGCGUUUUCUCAGGAUUGGUCUCAUCAUAAUAACUGGCUGUGUCCCCCUGUGUAUUUAACGUGUAAAGUUAUUAAGCAUAUGGAGCUGUGCUGUGCUCAAGGAACUCUGAUCGUUCCCCUUUGGAAGUCAGCCCACUUCUGGCCCAUCCUGUGUUCGGAUGGUUUCCAUUGGAGUACAUUUAUCCAUGACUGGGUUAUCCUGCCUAACUUUCCUAAUUUGUUCUUUAGAGGAAAAGCUAAGAACUCUAUUUUUGGUAGUAAGCCAUUGGCUUUCGUUUCGUUAGCUCUACGUCUUGACUUUAGCAUCAUUCCCAGAUUAGAUUCCGAGUUAUCUCGUAAAAGCUUUCUAGUUCCUUGUGUUUGAUUCCAUUCGGGCUAGAGUUCGCUGCUGUUUCCACUAUGUACCGAUAAGGCGUAUUAUAUUGGCGCGAAGUACUUAUUAUUUGUUGAUAAUCAUUUUCUAAGUUAAACGUGUUAGGCCUUAGAGAGGCAUCCAGGAGAGGCCCUAGAGGGGCGAUUUGUCAUAUGUAUUUUCAUUUUGUGCCCUAGAGGGGUAUUUUCUGUUGGCAUUGUGCAAACGCCCUAGAGGGCUAUGUCCACUAGAAUAGCAUGGUUUUUUCUCUUGUAUCGUUUUACGCAGAAGUGUAUUGCCUGAUUGGCGAAGUGGUCUUCCUGAGUGAAGACAGUGAGUUAAAUGUAAAGUCAGCAUUGUGUGCAUUGCUGCCUGUCUCAGUGAUAUUUUUUUUUUCUUAAUAUUUGUCCUUUUUCUUUUUUUUUUUUUUUUUUCUUUUUUUUUUUUUAUCCUUAGAUAUCUUCACUUCCGUUUUCUGGUCUUCAGAGGCCCAAAAUUCCCCGAGAGUGGAUCAGCUAAUGGAGAAUCUCAAAUCUACCGUGCUUGCUUCCAGAGCGUCUGGGACAUUCGCAAAUUACUUGAGGGCGUUUAACAAGUGGAGACCCUUUGCUAGUGAUGUCUUGGGUACCUCGGAGUUUCCAGUCAGACCAAUCGAUUGUGCCCUCUACUUGCAACACCUCCUCGAGUCGUCCAAGUCCGUCGCUUCCAUCAACUGCGCCUUUUACGCGUUCAAGUGGGUACAUCUUCUUGCAGGCGUCGACUCUCCAACAUUACACCCUACUGUUAUUGCCGUAAAGGAAGGAGCUGCUCGCCUUGCCAGUCAGCCAAUAGUCAAUAGAAAGGAGCCCCUGGACGCCCACCAUCUCAAGGUCCUUGCUGCAGAGACUAAUCUAGAAGACCUUUUACAAUUACGAAAUUUAGUUAUGUUCAUUCUCGCAUUUUCCGGUUUUCUUAGAAGUUCCGAGUUAUGCGUUAUGCGUAGCAGAGAUGUUCAGUUUAACGAGGGUUACAUUACAAUCAGCAUAGAGAAAAGCAAGACGGACCAACUGAGGGAGGGCAGGUCGGUCGUUAUUGCCGAGUCCUCAUCUAUCACGUGUCCCUGUUCUUUACUUAAGCUGUAUAUGCAUAAGGCCCAGAUUCCUGAAAAUUCAGACGAGUAUCUUUUUAGGGCCAUUUCAGCUUCGGGCAAUCACAAGCGCCUUAUCUCUGUAAACAAGCCGAUUUGUUAUUCUACCUAUAGGCAGUCCUUUAAGAAGUCUUUCGCGAAUAUUGUACCAGACAUCUCUAAGUAUAGCACUCAUUCAGCUAGGUCAGGUGGAGCUACUUUAGCUGCCAGCUCUGGCAUUUCGGAGAGGAAUCUUCAGCGCCAUGGUCGCUGGGCCUCAGUCACAGCAAAGAACAUUUAUGUUAAGGAUUCUCUUUCCAGUAGGCUAGAAGUUUCCAAGGCUCUGUUUCUCUGA